AUGGCAGGACCAGAAUCAACAACCAAAACAACCACUGUCAUCACCAACACCGACAACAGCACCACCACCAUGGCUCAACCACUAACCAAACCAACUCGAAGGUUCGUUGGUGUAAGGCAAAGGCCAUCGGGACGAUGGGUGGCGGAGAUAAAAGACUCAUCUCAACGUGUUAGGUUAUGGCUAGGCACUUACGACACUCCUGAAGAAGCUGCUCGAGCUUACGACGAAGCAGCUCGUGCUCUCCGUGGUGAAAAUGCUCGAACCAACUUUGCAUCGGUUAACAACUCGUCGACACAACCGAUUAUUUCCGGUUCUAACGGCCGACAACACGGACUAAGCGCGUUCUCGUCGUUGAAAGCUAAGUUGAGCAAGAACUUACAAAGCAUCAUGGCUAGGAAUGGUGAGAACAAGUCGACGAAAAGUAGGGUGAGUGAUCAUUUUACUUUCGCUAGCAUAUUCCAUUUUAGAAACAACCAGUACCACACUAACCAGGACCAGAAUAUACACAAAGUGGUACAACCGAGUAUAGUUGUACCACGUAUAGGAAACGAACCGCCGCCGCCGCCGCCACCACAACCACCGUUGUCUUGGGAUAGUUCUAGUGUUUCGGAUUGUAGUAAUGAGUGGAUCGGGUUUCGACAACUUGGGUUGGAUUCGGAUGGGUCGGAUAUUGGUGAAGUUAGCUUUCGUGAUCAUCAUGGAUUUAGUGAUGAAAUGAUGGGGUGGAUUGAUAGUCCAGAUCAUCAUCAUAAUAAUAUUAGUUCGAGAUUAAUUAGUGGUGAUUAUGAUGAUGAUAAUCAUGGUUCGAGGAGCAAGAGGUUUAAAGUUUCUUCAUCUGUUGUGGUUCCUCCAACUUUUAGUGGAUCAAGUUAUCAUAAUUAA